GUCUCCUCGCGGUGCACGCUCAGCUGUUUAGCCCAUGACAGGAUCAGAUGGGGGCAAAGCUGCUUUCAAUCUCCACUCUCCGUCAUAGCGCACCACGACAGCUCCCAAGUCUGUCCCCGAGUCUCUCCUCACAUUUACGCGCGCUAUCGCUGUAUUUCCUCGGUUACAGCACGCUCCAAACCCCGGUACAAGCUCCGGUUCGGGGCGUGCACGGUUCUUCUGGGGCUCCGGGCUUUCGAGGAAUUAUUUAUCGUGGUUUAAGCCGCGACAGACAGCUUCACAAGCGGGAUAGAGUCGAGGUAAAUCGGAUUCAGCGCCGGCAAUCUGCUCCUGCGCCGGCAAUCUGCUCCUGUACAGGGUGGCCAUGUUGUGGGUCCUGGUCCUCAUCAUGUCUCCCGUACACGCCAGCCGAACUGUGACCUGGGACGAGACAAAGAGACAGGCUCGCUUUAACGACGAUGUGUCGGCGUCUGCGCGGCCGCUCAUCUACUACUGCAGGUCCAGGAACAUGGAGGACUUCAGCUGUUACUGGCAUCCACUGGACAACGUGUCUGACACUGAGGGAAUGCACUAUGUACUAACAUACAAGAAAGAUAAAGGUCCAGUUUUGGAGUGUCCUGACUACGUGAGCUCUGGACCUCACAGCUGCCAUUUUGACCGUUUUCACACAAACAUUUGGAAAUUCUACUGCAUGACCGUUACCGCGGUGACGUCCGUCGGCAACUACACCUCCCCUCAGCGCUGCCUCGACGUGGCUGAUAUCGUGGAGAUGGAGGCACCGGUGAACUUGACCUAUGAUCUCUACGACGCUGGAGGAGACGAGACGGGGCAUAACACCCUCCUCUCUUGGGCCUACCCCCAACCCAGUGACCUGCAGUACGGCUGGAUUACACUAAUACAUGAACUACAGUACAGAAGAGUCAAUGAGCCAACCAACUGGAAGGUGAAAGGCCCUCUGCGUGAGCCUCAUGUGGAAUUGUUGGGUCUUCCUGUUGGAGAGUACGUGGUGCAGGUUCGAUGUCGCUCUCAUAAUUAUGGACGCUGGAGCCAAUGGAGUCUGCCUCUGUACAUGAGUAUACCAGCAAGACCCCCCACAGGUAAGCUGCUGGUGCUGGUGCUGGUGACUGGAGUAAGUGUGGUGUUUCUGAUCGGCUUCAUUCUAGGCCUGAUUCAGCAAAGCAAAAGAAUAAAAGACUACUUCCUGCCUCCUAUUCCUAAACCCAGGAUCAUUGGAAUCGACCCCCUGCUUCUUAAGAAAGGAAACUUGGAGGAAAUAAACCGCCACUUUUCAUCUUUCCACGGUUACAGUCCUCCGAGUUACAGCUACGCCGACGAUAUUUGGGAUCAGGUGAGCGCUGACGAUUCGUUCCUCACCUCUCCUCCUCCAACCGAAAACAACACCAACCACCAAAUUGGAACAAACAACUUCCAAGACCCUCACGAAAGAGAGAAAGAUGCACUCAUCAUUCCCAGCACUGUCUCGCCAACCAAUCUGGGAUCUUAUGUCACCAAUCCCACGCAAGGUUUCAGUUCAAUUUUGCCAACAGUUCAACCGGAUUUUGUCUUAGCUGUUCCUGGUUCGGAGUACAGUGUCAUGGGGCAGCCCAGCGUUCCCGAAAUCGUUCAAACUUUGGAUAAGAAUCAAGUUCAGUCAAAUUCCGUGCCGGAUUUUUACACGUGCGUCCAGCUGAUGCAUGAUACCGGGGAAGUGCAUCUUGUUCCAUGUUUGCCACCAUCGUAUUGUGACGCUUUUCCAAACUGGGAUGAGAAAAUGAAGCAAAAAGAAGAGUUUGAAGCCAGGAAAUUCCAAGAUGGCGGAGAGAAGAAUAAUAAGGAAGAGAACCAGGAAGUCAAGCCUGUUUCAAAUGUUCAAUAAAGUUUUACAUUUUGAAUAUGAACUAUGACCUUUUCAAAUACCACGUCCCUCACUUAAAGGCACUGUACCUGAUUUUUACCAUCUUAAAAACACAAAAAAACAGAACUAGCUCAUUUUAACCUGUUUGCAGUGGUCCAAACUUAUUCCUCACUUACCUUACAAUAUAUCUGUACUGAGACGAGACACAUUUUGCUCAAAUCUAUGUGAAAAGAAUCAUGUUGGGCGCCUUUAAACAGACUUAAAACACUGGACUUGACAAAUGUUUAUGUUUCAUGUUUGGGAAAUGGACAUUGGAAGCUUCUAUAAUGAAAGAUCAGUGUUAAACUUGCAUAUACUUUAAUAUAAACUCCUUAAGAUUAUAUAUUCAGAGAAGUUCUUGUAAGAGGUCACUGCUUGUUUGUUUAAUGUAUUUGUGAACGAGUGAACCAGAGGAAAAAUCAGACCUGUACCAUUCUGAAGUAGCAAGU